CGGAAUUUUAUGACCCAGUAUUCUCCAAACCCAACUACGCAAGUUUCGCAGCUUAGACCCGGUGAUGUGAGCAGCGACAGCGGAGGAAACGCGCCAGCUGUACGGAGAGGCUUAAAGAGACAUCAGCGAAGAGGGAGAAAAAACGAUAAUGGCUUCAAGGAAUGACCAUUAAAACCGACAAAAUGGGAACUGUCAUCGACUUAUAAUACAGAGAUCUAGAAGAAAGUAAUACAGGCUUGGAACGACAUGAGGAUAUUUUAAGGUGUGCUGCUGAUGUGCCGCCUGUUUCCCCUAAACGCAAACUUUGGUGUGCUCUGCAUUCGUACUUGGACACAAGGAAUGCCUGACACAACUCUACAAAACCACCUGGAGGGGGUGCAAAGGAUGGAAACCAAUGCCAGACAGCGCCUCACUUUCACCAGCUAGUGUCGUGCGCAUGUGUCCAUCUCCCGAAGAAUGUGCUCCUCUGCAGUUGGAUUUAAGGAAGAUUUCUGUAUGAUGUCUUCGUCCUGAAUUGUAUCGCCCUUGGAUUGUCAGCUAUACUUUCCCCUCCUCCCCCCUGUCUAUAAAAGCAGUUAAUGUCUAUUUUAAUCUACAUGUGUAGAGCUGUAUUGUGGAUAAGCCAUUCCCUCCACUCUCUUUCUCACUAAAUUCCUCUCCUCCAUCCCAUUCCCCGUGCCCCUGUUGCUAGUUGUUUUGGUGGCUCUGUGAUUUUAUGGCAGCGGAGUAAUCGUGGAGAGGCCGGGGUAUCACAAGCUUAUGGAUUUUGAUAAGAGAGGAGGAGGAGGAAAAGGUGAGGCUGAGGAAGGAAAGAGAAUGUCUAAGACUGGCGGGAGCAGGACAGGGCAUGGGGGUGGCCGAAACUCGUCCAACUCCGGGGUGCUUAUGGUUGGCCCUAACUUCCGAGUGGGAAAGAAGAUCGGCUGUGGGAACUUUGGAGAGCUUCGACUCGGGAAGAAUCUUUACACUAAUGAAUAUGUGGCCAUUAAACUGGAGCCGAUCAAAUCCAGAGCACCCCAGCUCCACCUCGAGUACAGGUUUUAUAAACAGUUGGGCAACUCGGAGGGUGUUCCUCAGGUGUACUACUUUGGGCCUUGUGGGAAGUACAAUGCCAUGGUGCUGGAGCUGCUGGGCCCCAGUCUGGAGGACCUGUUUGACCUCUGCGACAGAACCUUUUCCCUCAAGACCGUCCUUAUGAUCGCAAUUCAGCUGAUCACACGGAUGGAAUAUGUGCACACAAGAAGUCUGAUCUACAGGGAUGUUAAGCCAGAAAACUUCUUGGUGGGCCGACCGGGGACCAAGAGGCAACAUACAAUCCACAUCAUUGACUUUGGGCUUGCCAAAGAAUACAUCGACCCUGAGACCAAAAAACACAUCCCUUACAGGGAGCACAAGAGCUUAACAGGGACAGCUCGCUACAUGAGCAUCAACACACACCUGGGAAAGGAGCAAAGCAGGCGGGAUGAUUUGGAGGCACUGGGUCAUAUGUUUAUGUACUUCCUACGGGGCAGUCUGCCCUGGCAAGGCUUGAAGGCUGACACGCUCAAGGAGCGCUAUCAGAAAAUCGGAGAUACCAAAAGGGCUACCCCUAUAGAAGUGCUCUGUGAGAGUUUCCCUGAAGAAAUGGCCACCUACCUGCGCUAUGUGCGGAGACUGGAUUUCUUUGAAAAACCGGAUUAUGACUACUUGAGAAAACUCUUUACAGACCUCUUUGACAGGAACGGCUAUGUCUUUGACUAUGAAUAUGACUGGGUCGGCAAGCCGCUGCCGACUCCUAUAGGACCCAUGCCUAGUGACACACCUCUGCAACCCAGCAGCAGAGACAAAGCACAACCACAGACCAAAAACCAGUCUCCAGAACCUAAAGGAAGUGAGUCCCAGCCCACUCCCGUGACCAACAGGGAGCUCCUGGGGUCGCACCUCACGGCCGAUAGGCUGGGGGGCUCUGUCCAGGUUAUGAGCUCGACCAAUGGAGAAGUGAAUACAGACGAUCCCACGGCGGGACACUCAAACGCUCCCAUAACUGCCCCUGCUGAAGUGGAGGUGGCCGAUGAUACAAACCGAGAACGAAGAGUUUAUCACUCCCUGAAACAAUUAACAUUACUAGCAGGAAGUGCUAUGUUCAGGGACUCUGAGUUUUGACGUGUGAGAGAAGUGUAUUUUUUUGAAUGAUGUUUAGUGCCAUAUUGGCCCUUGCAGCAGUUGGCUAAUGUUAUUAACUGCUCAAAUGUUUGCAACGAAUGUCAGCUGGUAAGCAGCUACCUAACCUUGUUAACAUUAAUUCAGUAACUUGCUAAUAAUUUUCAUGCAGUAUAAACCAGGGGUCAGCACAGCAACCUACAGCAGUGAUGCAGCCUGUUUUUAGUUCUGAUUGUUGUCAGAAGUACUUUCAUACAAUGUUGAUACUGAAAUUUUAAAGAUGUAACGAUACCAGCUCGUACCGGCUGAUAGGCGAGUGCUUUAAAACAUUCUCAUGUGCAUUUGUGUGAGCGGUGGCGCUCGGUAAAGAUCAUCAAAGGUUUCUAUUUACAACAUGUAUUUACAGCAUUGAGCAUUGUAUCCAAUGUUGGGCACAUGAACGCAAUAACCAAUAAGAAGCAUUUAAGAAAUUAGUCAGAAUGCGCUCAAUGGCCCUCUUGAUUAUAAAGGGAGUGCUCUUUGUUUGCCAUAACCCAUUUACAAUUUGAAUGAAUGAAUGUUUUUAAUGCUGCUAAGUACACACUGCAAAGUUUUUGGAGGGACAACAAUUUAGAUGCAGGAUUGAAUCCAAAAUUGAGUUGAUUGACAUGGUGAUAACCAUAGCAACAGAUGAGACAAACAAGUCUGUCAAAUUAGAUGUGUGCAUUAAGUGUAAAUGCAGACUAACAGACAUGCCACUUGUUCUGUAACAAGUAUGUGUAAUGUAUGUGUAAUUUGUUUAUUUGUUGUUCAUUUUACUUUUCACUUAUCCCAUUUAAAGCAAUAUUUGAAGGCUACAUGCUAAUGUUUUAAUGUGUUAUAAUUAUUAUUAGCAUUAAUAAUUCAUUGACUUUAAUAUUUUAUAUUUUCAAAAAGUUAAAUAAAAUAUUUAAAUAGUUCCAAUAUUUUUUUGCUAUGGUAGUGAAAUUGGUUCUGAGAACCAUUUGUCAUACUGUAUAAUAAAAAAUAUAAAAAACUGAUUUCAUAGUUAAGUCAUGGCGAUGUAAAAUACAUGUUUGUGUUAUACACAUCCUUUUCUUUUUUGUUGCAGUUUUAUAGUGUACAAUCAAAGACAAAUUAUAAAGGUUAUAGUUUCUUUGCUUGUAAUGGCACUUUAAAAUUAAAAACGGAAUUAUCAAUUUAAUAAUUUAAAAAAAAAUGUUCAAACUGACGAAUAAAUAUCCAUACUUUAAAUUAAUUUGAUUUAAUUUAAUUUAACCACUAUUAAUAUAUUUUUAAUAAUAAUAAGGGGCCAAGCACCGAAGCUGAUAUGGCACCUAUUGUAAUCGUUAGUGUUCCUUUUCUUCUUCUUCCUCUCUUGAAGUUUGUGGCAGCCCAUAGAACUGCUUGAGACUAAGUUAUGAAAUUUGGCACACAGAUAGACAGUCUGACCUGUUACCAUAGCAAUUUUGAAGCCUCUAACUGAAUCCCUCUAGUGCCACCAGCUGUCCAAAGUUGCACCGAUGUUUAUGCUAAUAACUUUUGAACCACAAGGGCUAGAAACUAAAUUAUUUUUCCCUCUGAUGCCUUUAACGACCCCUAUGCUGUCGUUGUGUGAAGUGUGAACUGCCCUUUUUUCCAAGUAGUGGCUUUGUUUUUAAAAUGAAAUUUUAAAGUUGUAUUUAAAGAUAAUUUAUUAAUUCAUAGUUUUGUUACAUUCUAAACAUUAAAGUUAUUUUAGUUAUUUACAUUUGUUAUCGAAUCCUUCAUUUUAUAUAAUAAAAUGUAUUAUAUAUGAAAUGAUAUUUAACUUUCAGUUUUACUGUUAAUUCAUUGUUCAUCUAAAAGAGGAAAAAUGCCAAUAUUCAUGUGCUCAGCAUUGGCUAUUAAACUGGAUGUCGAUUAAAGACUUGUGGAGAAAGGAAUAUAUUACUUUAGGGCCUGAUCCUUGUCUUUGAUUUCCACCGUUGUGAAAUUGAAAAUGUCAAAAACAUUGAGAAAUUAAUACUUUUAUCCAGCAAGGAUGCAUUAAAUUGAUCAAAAGACAUUUAUAAUGUUACAAAAGAUUUAUAUUCAAAAUAAAUGUUCUUUUGAACUUUCUAUUCAUCACCUUGGAAAAAAAGUAUCAGUUUCCACAAAAAAUUACGCAACUGAUUUGAUGAUAAGAAGAAAUGUCUCUUGAGCAUCAAAUCAGCAUAUUAGAAUGAUUUCUGAAGGAUCAUGUGACACUGUAAUGAUGCUGAAAAUUCACAGGAAUAAAUUACAUUUUAAAAUAUAUAAAAAUAGAAAAUGUGUUAAAAAGAAAAGUUAUUUUAAAUUGUAAAAGUUUCACAGUAUUGCUGUUAAUUAUUCUUACUGUACAAACUAUUGAAUGGUAGUGUAGGUUUUGGUUUCAUUGCCAGGAAUCAGUUAUCAUUAUAUGUGCAUAAAUGUGCUAAAUUUUCAACUUUGCAAACAUAAAUUAAUAUACAAAUUUAAAACUAUUUAAUCCAUAUUUGUGUAGUUAAAUACACCAAAAUAUCUCUCUCUCUCUCUCUCUCUAUAUAUAUUUAUCUCAAAAGCUCUUCCUAAGGUACUAUACAACUGUUUUGCCAUGGGCUUGAAUGGGUAAAAGCACUGUUGUAGCAUUUAUGUCUUUAUGUUUUGGUUACAUGAGCACCAGUCACAUAUAGCUGUGCACAAUUGUUCAGUUUUAUCUCUUGCUAACAUUUUGUCCUAGUGGGUUGUUUAAAUUUGCUUUGAACUCUGCCUGACAUAACCUAGACUCCACUGUGCAACAAGUUUGAGAAUGAAGGGAGAUAGCAAAACUGUCUUUAACUCCUUCGCUC